AUGAACUCUCCAUUUCCAAGUGUUCCACGCUAUCUUAAGGUUCCCUUCAAUAUCUCAUAAUCCAAAACAUACCACAGAUACACACAGAAACACAGACACAUCAAAGCAAACCAAAAUGUGCUACUUCAAAGCCAGUUUCUACACCUGCUCCCACAACGCCUCGCCCAGUCACAUGCACACCUGCUCCGGCUUGUGGGUUGGCAAAGAACGCCAAUGUCCAGACUACGACUGAGACGUCCAAGUUCUCAAACGCGAAUGCGACUACUGCGAAGGCAUUAAGAUGCAACGCCAGAUAA